AUGAUGUUAACAUUGCCUGGUCCAGUGGCUUACUCGCCUUUCAGAGUCAGUGGACUGAUUAAUAACAUCAAUACAGCGGUCAAUUCGUCGGCAGUCAUCGGUUUGAGAACUGUCUAUGUUCAUUAUGUUUCAGUGAAAGAUGGAUCAGAUCUUGCUAAGAACAACGAAAAGCUGACUGUUCUCAAUUCGUUGCUUGAAUACGACUCGAAGCCUGAUGUAAAUGAACCAUUAACCAAGGUAUUAGUUGAUGCCAUUACCAGUGAGAACCAACAGAUCCCCGAUAAUGCUUAUUUGUUGAGAGUGGUUCCUAGAAAGGGCACUAUUUCUCCUUGGAGCUCUAAAGCCACCAAUAUCUUACAUAACUGUGGUUUGGUAGACGAUGUCGAGCGAGUCGAAAGAGGUUUGGCUUUGAUUAUUCAAGUUCGCAAGGGAUUCCCCUUGGAUGAACAUCUCAAGUCUGGUGUUUUCCUUGAUUUCAUCUACGACAGAAUGACCCAGUCUAUCUUGGAAAGAAUCCCCGAAAAGGCUGAUUUCUUUGCUACUCAUGAACCUAAGCCAUUAGUCUCAGUUCCUCGAAAUGGCAUUGCUGCUGCUAACAAAUCUCUUGGUUUGGCUCUGGAUCAGCCCGAAAUCGACUAUCUGACUUCAUCUUUCCCUAACAGAGAUCCUACUGACGUUGAAUUGUUCAUGUUCGCACAGGUAAACUCUGAACACUGUCGUCAUAAGAUCUUUAAUGCUGACUGGAAAAUCGAUGGCGAGGCCAAGCCUUACUCCCUUUUCAAGAUGAUUAGAAACACUCAUGAAAAGAACCCUAAAUACACCAUCUCGGCUUACUCGGAUAAUGCCUCUGUCCUUGAGGGUCAUGAAGCAACCUACUAUGCCCCUGAUCCCAAAACCAAGGAGUAUCAGCAAAUAAAGGAAACUGUACACUUUUUGACCAAGGUGGAGACUCACAACCACCCUACUGCCGUGUCUCCUUUCCCUGGUGCCGCUACUGGUUCCGGUGGUGAAAUCAGAGAUGAAGGUGCUGUUGGUAGAGGUUCCAAGUCAAAGGCUGGUUUAUCUGGUUACUCAGUUUCUGAUUUGUUGAUUCCUGAUUUCAAGCAACCUUGGGAGUUGGAUGUUGGCAAGCCUGCCCAUAUUUCAAGUCCUUUGGACAUUAUGUUGGAAGCUCCAAUUGGAUCGGCUGCUUUCAACAACGAGUUUGGUCGUCCUGCUAUUGGCGGUUACUUCCGUACUUUGACCACUUCUGUGACCAAUGCUGCUGGCAAGCAAGAGAUUCGUGGUUUCCACAAGCCCAUUAUGCUUGCUGGUGGUAUGGGUUCUAUUCGUCCCCAAUUCGCUCUCAAGAACCGCAAAAUCACUCCUGGUGCUGCUUUGAUUGUUCUUGGUGGUCCCUCUAUGCUUAUUGGUCUGGGUGGUGGUGCUGCUUCUUCCGUCUCGUCUGGUGAGGGAAGUGUUGACUUGGACUUUGCCUCUGUUCAAAGAGGAAACCCCGAGAUGCAACGUCGUGCCCAAAUGGUCAUCGAUGCCUGUGUUGCUCUUGAUGGAGCAAACCCAAUUCAGUCGAUUCACGAUGUAGGUGCUGGUGGUUUAUCCAAUGCCUUGACUGAAUUGGUUCAUGAUAACGACCUAGGUGCUAGAUUCGAGCUUAGAGACGUUCCCAAUGUUGAACCUGGAAUGUCUCCUAUGGAAAUCUGGUGUUGUGAAGCUCAAGAGCGUUAUGUUUUGGGUGUCUCUCCAUCUGACUUGGAUACCUUCAAGGCCAUUUGUGAGCGUGAACGUGCUAUUUAUGCCGUUGUUGGUUAUGCCACUAGUGAACAGCGACUUGUAUUGCACGACAGACUCCUUGACUGUACUCCUAUUGAUAUGGAAAUGUCUGUUUUGUUUGGUAAACCACCCAAGCUCAGCAGAGUUGCCACUACCAGACAAUUGAAAUUAGAGCACUUUGAGACCUCAAGUAUUUCUAUCAAGGAUGCUGCUGAUAGGGUAUUAAAACUUCCUGCUGUUGGCUCCAAGUCAUUUUUGAUUACUAUUGGUGAUAGAUCAGUAACUGGUUUGAUUGCCCGUGAACAAAUGGUUGGCCCUUGGCAAGUACCUGUCGCCGAUGUUGCUGUUACUAUUACUUCACACGGUGCUGGAAUCCAUACUGGUGAGGCAUUUGGUAUCGGUGAACGUCCUACUGUGGCCCUUAUUAAUGCUGGUGCUUCUGCCAAACUUUCAGUUGCUGAGUCGCUUCUCAAUAUCUUUGCUUCUGAUACUACUUUGGAGCGCAUCCGACUUUCUGCUAACUGGAUGGCUGCUCCUGCCCAUGAGGGUGAAGGUGCCGCUUUGUACGAAGCUGUCCAGGCUAUUGGUUUGGAUCUAUGUCCAGAGCUCGGUAUUGCAAUCCCUGUCGGUAAAGAUUCCAUGUCUAUGAAGAUGAAGUGGGAUAAGAAGGAGGUAACAUCGCCAAUGUCAGUUGUCAUUACUGCUUUCGGCCCUGUCAAUGAUGUGCGUCGCACUUGGACUCCUCAAUUGGAGAGAAUUGAAGGCUCCAAAUUGGUCCUUGUAGACCUCGGUGCUGGAAAGAAUAGAUUGGGCGGUUCUGCUGUUGCUCAAGUCUAUGGACAAAUUGGUAAUGAGGCUCCUGAUGUGGAUGCCAAAUUGUUGAAAUCAUUCCUCCAUGCAUUGGAGACUUUACACAAGAAAGAUGAUCUUGUAUUGGCAUAUCAUGAUAGAUCUGAUGGUGGUCUUCUUGUCACUGCUUUGGAAAUGGCUUUUGCCGGUCGUGUCGGUCUCCACCUUGAUGUUGAAGAUCCUAGUAGCGACCUGGUUGCUUCUUUGUUCAAUGAAGAACUCGGUGCUGUAUUCCAGGUUGUUGAUGUCGAAGGUUUCAAGGCUGUUCUGCUUGAAGCUGGUGUUCCAGAGUCUGUCAUUUCGGUUGUUGGUACUGUAAAGUCUGCUAAAGACCAAGCUAUCUCCCUCAGAUUCAAUGGCCAGCCUGCAUGGGAGGAAUCUCGUGCUGCUCUCCAACAAACCUGGUCUUUGACCUCAUACAAAAUGCAGAGACUUAGAGAUAAUCCAAAGGCUGCUGACCAGGAAUUUAGUAAUAUUGCUGACAAUUCCGACCCAGGUUUGUCUUUUAAGCUCACAUUUGAAAACACACCUAUUCCCGCCAAUCUUCUUACUCAUAAGCCUAAGGUUGCUAUUUUACGUGAACAAGGUGUUAAUGGUCAUGUUGAAAUGGCCUAUGCUAUGCAACAAGCUGGUUUCACCCCCAUUGAUGUACACAUGUCCGAUUUGAUGUCGAAACAAGUGUCUCUGAAUGAAUUUGUGGGUUUUGCUGCUUGUGGUGGAUUUUCUUAUGGUGAUGUUCUUGGUGCAGGUGCCGGAUGGGCUAAAUCUGUUCUUUUCCACGAUAAUCUCAAGAAGGAGUUCUCGCACUUUUUCAACGACAGAAAGGAUACCUUUGCUAUCGGUGUCUGCAACGGUUGUCAGUUCUUAUCUAGAAUCAAAUCGCUUUUGCCAGGAGCUGAUAACUGGCCCUCUUUUGAGCGUAACUUGUCAGAGCAAUACGAGGCUCGUACCGUUGUUGUCGAGAUUGUUGACGACAGUGCUCCUGGUACCGAACCUAGUAUCUUCCUCAACUCUAUGCGUGGAUCCAGAUUCCCUGUCGCUGUUGCCCAUGGUGAAGGUUAUGCCUCGUUCGAUAGUGAGGACCAUUUGAAGAAAUUUUCUCACGAUAACCUUGCUGUUGUUCGAUACGUUGACAACUAUGGAAAGGUCACUGAAAAGUAUCCAUUUAAUCCCAACGGAUCUCCCGAAGGUAUUACCGGUAUUCGCACACCUAAUGGUCGUGUCUUGGCCAUGAUGCCCCAUCCCGAACGUGUUGUUAUCAAGGAAGCCAACUCGUGGUACCCCAAGGAUCUCGACUUUGAGGACGGUCCAUGGUUAAGACUGUUCCGCAACGCCAGACAAUGGGUUAAUUAG